AUGGUCGGAGCAGACUCGCAGCAGAAUGUAGCUUCUGAUCAAUCCUCACGAAGCUCGACCCACCACACCUCUCCCUCCACCAAUACCUCCCGAUCCGCUGCGACACCUUCUGCUCGACCUCCAAUCAGCCGAGCAGCUUCAGACCAAUCCUCAAGGAAUGCUACGCCUGUUGCUCCCUCACAACCAACAGUACAAGCUCCCUCUCAGGUGAUGAAUCCUACCACGUCUCCAGCGCAGGCAGCCCGCGCUCAUCCCUCCUCACACCUUAAUCAACACAGCCGAGGAUUCGACCAAUCUGGAUUUCCCCUUACUAAUGCCCCUCGACUCGCCUCAUAUUCUCCAUCAUCUCCUCGUCUGCAGCCUACAUAUCGGUCAAGUAGGUCACUGGGCGGAUCGGAGGCCACUUCACCUAGCCGCAUUCGAGUUCGGGAUCUAUCACACAUACAGAGUUUUGCGAGCGAGGAGCUCUUGACCCGGCCACGGUUUCCUCAUCGAACAGUCAGUGGGUUUUCGGAUGCUGGCCGACAGUAUGAGAUAAGUGCCAUGCCGGUCUGUGAUAUCAUAGAAAUGGUGGCAGGGCUUCUGACCAAGAUUACCACCACCAACGACAAACAGUACGAGCAUCUACACAGACCUGUUCCUCAAAGCGAGGAUGGAGCUGCUAUGAGCACACAGACUACCAGUGUGCUCGCCUUUCACGGAAAGAAUGUUCCAACCAUCACAAUUUUGAGCUAUCUCAGUCGAAUCCACAAAUAUUGUCCUACAACAUAUGAGGUGUUCUUGAGCCUGCUGGUUUAUUUUGAUCGGAUGACAGAGGUGGUCAACCGUAGAUUCCUGCAAAAAAUGCGCCGAGAUACUGCUCGAACUCCAGUGUCGCCCAUCAGCCCACCUCCUCCUACAUCACCUGCGGCGAGCAGCGGGGACACGCCCAGAUCCAGGUCAUCACCAGCAGGCGAGGCCACUCCACCACCUUCGGGAUCAAUGGCUCCGGAAGAUCCUCCUAAUCGUCCGGCCUCCCUCUCAGGCCCCGGUUCCCUGCCUAAUACGCAUGGCGACCUCUCUCAAUUCUUUGUGGUGGAUAGCUAUAAUAUCCAUCGUCUUGUGAUUGCUGGCGUGACAUGUGCUAGCAAGUUCUUCUCGGAUGUUUUCUACACUAAUUCAAGAUAUGCAAAGGUUGGCGGCCUUCCCCUUGCAGAACUUAACCACCUGGAGCUGCAGUUUCUGCUUCUGAACGAUUUUCGAUUGUCCAUUGCGGUGGAAGAGCUUGAAGCAUAUGGCACUAUGCUUGUCGAGUUCUACGCUCGAGAAGUCGUAGUCCAACAGCAGCAGGCAGCCCAACCUCAUGCGCAACAAAUAAGCAGCAUGCAUGCUGGUGCGGAUGAAGUCUACAUGCGAGAUCGGUCAGCCACGUCUGAUUCGACACAAACACCAACACCGCCGUGA